UUCCUGGCCGAGGGCGGGCGAGCCGAGCCUGCAGUAGCAGCGAUUGCGAGCGUGUGGCGAUUGCUUCUGUCUGUCAUUUAGAUAUGGAAGCUGAGGGGAUGCACGGAGGCAGCCGGAACCUGGGUCGGGGUCUCGCUGGGUGCUGACCGCCCCCGGGGUCGAGUAGGCGAUGGGGGAGCCCGGCUUGUUCGUCACAGGAGACCGCGCCGGUGGCCGGAGCUGGUGCCUGCGGCGGGUGGGGAUGAGCGCCGGGUGGCUGCUGCUGGAAGAUGGGUGCGAGGUGACUGUAGGACGAGGAUUUGGUGUCACAUACCAACUGGUAUCAAAAAUCUGCCCCCUGAUGAUUUCUCGAAACCACUGUGUUUUGAAGCAGAAUCCUGAGGGCCAGUGGACAAUUAUGGACAACAAGAGUCUAAAUGGUGUUUGGCUGAACAGAGCACGUCUGGAACCUUUAAGGGUCUAUUCCAUUCAUCAGGGAGACUACAUCCAACUUGGAGUGCCUCUGGAAAAUAAGGAGAAUGCGGAGUAUGAAUAUGAAGUUACUGAAGAAGACUGGGAGACAAUAUAUCCUUGUCUUUCCCCAAAGAAUGACCAAAUGAUAGAAAAAAAUAAGGAAUUGAGAACUAAAAGGAAAUUCAGUUUGGAUGAAUUAGCAGGUCCUGGAGCUGAAGGCCCUUCAAAUUUGAAAUCCAAAAUAAAUAAAGUGUCUUGUGAAUCUGGUCAGUCAGUGAAAUCACAAGGGAAAGGUGAAGUAGCCAGUACACCCUCUGAAAAUUUGGAUCCUAAGUUGACUGCCCUUGAGCCAAGUAAGACCACAGGGGCUCCCAUUUACCCUGGCUUCCCCAAAGUCACAGAGGUUCAUCAUGAGCAGAAAGCCUCAAACUCUUCAGCAUCUCAGAGAAGCUUACAGAUGUUUAAGGUGACCAUGUCCAGGAUUCUGAGGCUGAAAAUACAGAUGCAGGAAAAACAUGAAGCUGUUAUGAAUGUGAAAAAGCAGACCCAAAAGGGGAACUCAAAGAAAAUUGUGCAAAUGGAGCAGGAACUGCAGGACUUACAGUCCCAGCUGUGUGCAGAGCAGGCUCAGCAGCAGGCAAGAGUGGAGCAACUAGAGAAGACUUUGCAGGAUGAAGAACAGCAUCUUCAGGGUUUGGAGAUAGCACAAGGAGAAGAGGACCUGAAGCAACAGCUGGCCCAGGCUCUGCAGGAGCACUGGGCUCUAAUGGAAGAGCUAAAUCGCAGCAAGAAGGACUUUGAAGCAAUCAUUCAAGCCAAGAACAAAGAAUUAGAGCAGACCAAGGAAGAGAAGGAGAAGGUGCAAGCACAGAAGGAAGAAGUUCUCAGCCACAUGAAUGAUGUGCUAGAGAAUGAGCUCCAAUGUAUUAUUUGUUCAGAAUACUUCAUUGAGACAGUGUCUCCCUCCGUCGCCCAGGCUGGAGUGCAGUAACGCCAUCAUGGCUCACUGCAGCCUCUAGCUCCCAGAGCUCAAGUGAUCCUCUCACCCCAGCCUCUUGAGUAGCUGGGACUACAGACUGUGCCACCAUGCCUGGCUAUUUUUUUUUUUUCUUUUUUUGUUGGGAUGGGGUUUCGCCAUGUCUCUCAGACUGGUCUCAAAUUCCUGGGCUCAAGCAGUCCACCUGCUUCAGCUCCCCAAGCGCUGGGAUUACAGGUGUAAGCAUUCAUGCACUUAAUAGUCCUACUCAUAUCCAGUAACAUUUUGUUUGCAAGGUGGCCAGCCCACAUUGGGAGCGUGGUCGGAGUUGGUGGACUGAAAAAGACAAAUCAGCCUGCCUGGAGCCUGAGUCUGUGACCUUAACUUUGAGAAAAGAAAAGAAUUGUCGAACAUAAAGCUUAAAAUUUCCCAACCCAGGCCAGGUGCGGUGGCUCACACCUGUAAUCCCAGCACUUUGGGAGGCCGAGGCGGGCGGAUCACGAGGUCAGGAGAUCAAGACUAUCCUGGCUAACACGGUGAAACCCCGUCUCUGCUAAAAAUACAAAAAAUUAGCCGGGAGUGGUGGCAGGCGCCUGUAGUCCCAGCUACUCGGGAGGCUGAGGCAGGAGAAUGGUGUGAACCCAGGAGGCGGAGCCUGCAGUGAGCCGAGACUGCGCCACUGCACUCCAGCCUGGGGGACAGAGCAAGACUCCGUCUCAAAAAAAAAAAAAUUUUUUUCCCAACCCUAAAAACGAUUUCUGCCUCUGUCACCCUGGCCGGAGUGCAGUGGUGUGAUUUUGUCUCACUGCAACCUCCAUCUCCUGGGUUCAAGGAAUUCUCGUGCCUCAACCACCUGAGUAGCUGGGGUUACAGGUGUGCACCACUGUGACUGGCUAAUAUUCGUAUUUUUAGUAGAGACGAGGUUUUACCAUGUUGCCCAGGCUGGUCUCAAACUCCUGACCUCAGGUGACCCACCCGCCUUGGCCUUCCAAAGUGCCGGGAUUACAGGCAUGAGCCAUCACGCCCAGCCCAACCCCAAGAAUGAUUCUGAUACUCUUUAUAAGCCCUCAAGAUGGGAUUGUUGUUAAUUUUCCAUUUGGCCUUUGAAAUUCACUCCUGUCCUAACUUUGAGAUCACAAGCAUCCUGAGAAAGUAAGCAUGAAAGUUCUGAUAUGUGUG